AUGGUUGAAAAGAUAUUAAUAGAAAACACUGAUGAAAUGCUAAUAAAAAGUAUCGGGGUGCUUGGUGAAGAUUGGGAAAAGGGUGACUGGAUUGGGGAUGGAGGUUUCGGCACAGUUUACCUGGUGAAGUCUUUGAGAGACAACAUUGAACCGAAAUAUAUUGUGAAAGAAAUUCGUGUCUACAAAAACAGCGAACGGAAAAAUAUUGUGGAGAGCUACAAAAAUGAGACUGAAAUAUUGAAAAAAAUUGGUUGCCACAAAAGAAUCGUCCCGUUUAUCGGCGCAAGUAAAUGUGACGAUAUCCUGUCAAUUUUUAUGGGGUAUAUGAAACAGGGCUCAUUACGAACAUAUUCGGAAAAGAAAAAUGGGUUAGGAGAAGAAGAGACACGACGCUUUACUAAACAGAUUUUAGAAGGGCUGGAGUUUUUACAUAUAAACAAAAUUAUACAUCGAGAUGUAAAGGGGGAUAACGUUCUAAUGGAAGAUGAGCGCCAUGUCAGACUUACGGACUUUGGGAUUUCAAAAAUUCUACAAGAUGUUUCAAGUACAGCAACGUCUGUUGGCACAGAAAGAUGGAUGGCACCAGAGGUUAUGGGUUUACAAACAGGCGCUACAUCAUAUAAUGAAAAGGCAGAUAUAUGGAGUGUUGGCUGCACUGUCAUAGAGAUGAUGACAGGAAGUUCUCCGUACUGUGAUAUCCCAAAACAUCAAGUCCCAUUUCAAAUUGAUAAGGGUAUUUUACCUACAUUAGGAGCAUCUAUUGUUCCAACAAAGGAACUCAGCGACUUUCUACAGAAAACAUUGCAACUUCUACCGAAAGAUCGACCCGCGGCGAAAGAUCUGCUUGGGAAUGACACUUUUAUAAACCGUGGACUUUUCAUUACAGAGUUAAAGCUUGAACUAGACAAAAAAGAAACAGAAAUCAGACACCUUGAAGAGCAAGUGAAAUAUUUUCAGGACAAAAUGCAUAUUGAAGUGAAGUAUACACUGGUGUUGGUUGGAAAAACAGGCUACGGUAAAAGUGCUUCGGGUAAUACAUUGUUGGGAAGUCGAGUUUUUCACGAUUACAGGGGUAUUGAUCCAGGAACCAUAAAUGUGUGUAAAGGUAAAGCUAAAAUACAACAAGAGUUAUUUGAGGUUUUCGACACGCCAGGUAUUUUUAGAACUGACAUGUCAGUUGGAGAAGGUGCAUUGUCAAAUGCCACAGAAAUCAUGAAUAGAUCUAAGAGAGGGGUUACUGCUUUUUUGUUUGUUUUCAUUUAUGGUUAUCAUUUUACGAAAGAAAACGCAAUGGCCAUUAAAAUGUUAACAGAUAUUUAUGGUCCCGAAGGUAUAAACAAGUAUGGCAUAUGUUUAGUGACUCGUGGAGAUUAUUUUGAUUACGAUUAUGGCAAUAAACUUACAUUUAAUGAAUGGUGUGAGCAACAAGAUGGCAAACUAAAAUAUUUUCUUUGUCAAUUUAACAAAAGAAUAGUUUUAAUGUAUAAUAAAGGAAAUCAAAUUGAACGUGAAAGAUGCCGAGAUGAAGUUUUUGAUAUUGUUAGACAACUUAGUCAACAACAAGAUUCUUACACUAAACAAGAUUUUAUGAAACAAGCAGCCUUUCAUAAGGAACAUAAAUUGAGGUUGAAAAUUUUAAAAUUUCACAGAAAAGUUCGAAACAUUACAAGCGAAAAUUACUUAGAAUUACUAGCUACAGCUGACAAACUGAUAACCAAAAAGACUAUACUAAACCCUGGCAUAGAGGAUAAAGAAGUUAUUACAUUAAAAAAGGUCAGAAAAAAAUUGCAAGAUAUUAUCAAGUAG